AUGUUUUCUCCCUCCAUGAGCGAGGGCGGACCGGCCACGGCCACGCGAAGCAGGAGAAGACAGCGACCGGCCAGCAACGAAAGCCUUGCACAACAGCCCAAGGCGAAGCGCCAGCGUGUUCCUUUGACGGAGCAGACAUUCGUUAAUCCUGAUGUCUCCGCGCGUACGGGGCCCGAUAUGUACGAAGUCAAGGCCGACAAGGUCGCGACGCUCGACGUGCGGCAAGACGGCAUCGAAAACCAGAACCCCAUCACGCCCACCCCGAGGAAGGAGCUCAGCGUGCGCGCGAAGAAGCCCAAAGGAGGAGACAGGCCAACCAAGGGCGAUGGAAGCGUUGUUUUGACGACGAACAAUGCUUACACCGUGAGCAAACUGCCUGCGCUGCCAGACCGUAUCCGUGCAGAUGCUUCAGCCCAGCAACACGGCGACAUCUUCUCGAACCGUUACGCCCUCAGUCUCAGCCAUACCCACGCGAUCGUUUGGCCGUACACGGACCCUUCUCAGUCCCCCGAAACCUUCACCUUCACCCUCCCUUAUCUUUCAAAACACUCAUCGGAGCCCCUGCCGCUGGGCUGUCUGGUGUCGCCGUCAGCUUCGUCGACUGAGCCCGGACUGGUUGUUGUUAUGCCCGUCAGCGGUAAGAUCGCGUACUGGGAAUCUAUCACGAGCGCCGCCACUUUAGACUUCAUCCGCCAACAACGCCACGGUGUCGAGGGUUCAAUAUCGGGCAUGUUCUCUGGCGAGAAGGUCAUCCAAAUCACCAACGCCGAGUCUGCCGGCUUCGUCCUCGCCUUUAGCAGCGGUCGACUUGCCUACAUGAAUGUCCGAGACGGCCACGGCAGACCCACCAUUUCGGUUCAGUUCCUCCGCACGAGCCUAGGUUCUACAAACGGAGGAAUUUUCGGCAGCAUCCGCCAUGCGCUGACACAAAGCGUGGGACGCGGAGAUAUUGCCGCUGUCCGGGCGGAACGCACUACUCGGGUUGGCGAACGAAACGUUGUCGCCGCUACCCUCAAGGGCAGGCUGCAUGCGUGGAAGAUCCAUCGCGGAGGACAUCACGAGACCAUUGUGGAGGCAGACAUGCAGGAAGAGAUUGUUGAGGCCGUCCGUGAAGUUGACACUUCGGCGACCGAUUUCCACCCCGAGACCUUCGAAGUGGUUGACCUAGCGUUCGUACCCAAGGGGCUGGAAGCCAAGUACCGGGGCAUGAGCAGGCUCAGCGACGCCAUGGCCUCGGACGACGUCAACUUGCAGCAUCUUCUACUGCUUGUCAGCCUCAGUAAGAAGAAGGAGUCGCAUUACUCCUUGGUCGAGGUCAUCCUAUCGCCGGCUUCCGCUCAAGUUGGUAUGGUCCGUCCGAUUUCCUCCUAUAAAACGCGCUUCAGUCCUGCAAAUCCAGUACAAUCUACUCGCCCUCGUUUGUACCUUCCUCGACCGGCCCUUGUGGCAUUCCUUGUCUUCGACAAGGCCAUCGUUCUGGCAUCCAUUGGUGUCCCCCCGGACUCGCCUGAUGCCCAACUACAAAAAGACAACCAUAUCAUUCCUCCCACUUACGAGGACGUGAUCAACUUCUCCGACAAUAAUCAGUCGGAGAUUCUCGGCUCGGGCUUCGAGGAGCCCCAGACAACCAUUGCUGGUCACGAUGAAUCUAGAAGUCGGCAAAAGACCAAGAAUCCCGCAGUUGUCUUGAUGGUCCGCGGUACAGGCAUCGUGCGAUUGACGACGACAGAUGUCGACAAAUUUGGCAGUGACAGACCCCCGAAAGUCACGCCAAAGAGCAAGCUUGAGCAAGCCGUCUUCUUUGGCAACAAACAAGAUACCCCUCUGAUUUUCGAUGUUAGGAAGGGUGUUCAGUUCUCAGACAUGCAGAUGGCAGAAGCCGCCCUGCAGCUGAGCCAAGAAAUCAUGAGCUCUUCCACGCCGCACAUCUCAUCACUGCCCGCAUCUUUGGAAGACAACCUCAGCACCCGCUGUCUCGCUCUUGAGCGGUUGAUGCAGCACCUCAAAACCACAAAGGUCAACCUGGACCGUCGUACUCGGUGGCUUUUGCUUUCUCACGCUGAGAAGAUGAUCGUCUCCACAGCUCUUUGGAAGCGCCAUGAAGCCUUUACGAACGAACGACCUGCCAACGACAAGAAGGAUCUGAUUGCGGAGAUCGUCGAGUUCAUCCACCAAGACGAGAAGACCAACCCUAACCGCAGCGCAGGAGAGGUCGACCGUGUUAGGCACUGGUUCGUUCACGACGUUGACAAGCUCGAGAUCUUCAUUGCCUGGGCAUACGAAGUGAUCAAGUACAUGUAUAAGGACCACAUCAUGGACGAUGUACACAUUACCCGCCUCAUGCACGAGGCUCAACAGGUGAACUUGGUAGCUCUCAUGACUGCUCUGGAAUACCGGCAAAAGAAGCUGGCAUUUUACGGUCUUGAGGACGAGGAAAUGGAUUUCGGCAUCGUGCGCGAGAACCAUGAAGGUCUCCCCGAACCCUGGACCGGAUGUCACUACAUCGGUAACAACUUGAAGCGUCUCCUUGAGCUUUGUCAUACGUGGCUUGAGCAAUACUAUCCCCCGAAAGAGAAGACCAAGGACAAGUCCAAGCAGCCGGACCCUGUGCUCCUCGAGAAGAUCAACUCGGAGAUCGCUAACCUUACGGAUUUGUACCUCGUGUCACUUCUCGAGGCAUCUCGCUGGAACGCCGCGCAGCAGGAUGCGAAAGCUCAGAAGUGGUCGGAUCAUCUCGCCAAGCUUUAUGAUGCGGACCGUAACGACAAGGUGCUUGCACUUCUUCGCCUUGGCAAGUGGGAUGAGAGCAUCAGCAUUGCUGAGAAGCAUCGAUGCUGGAAAGCCCUGGCUCUGGCCAUGAUUGAGCAGAUCAACAGCCUUAGGAGCGAAGCGACCGUAUCAAGAUCACAGGCCGAGUCUCGUGAACUCGCCAAAAAAGCCGAGGCAAAGGAGGAGCGGAUUGGCGAAUACUUCGACAAGUAUGGCGAAGCAUUUGCCUUCCCCACGUACGACAUUUUGCUCGAUAACGCUGGCGUUCAGGCCCUUCUGGACUUCCAGUACGACAACCACGGCUUCAGGACGACUUUCCUUCGUCAAAGGCCUGAGCUUGCCAAGAUCUCCUGGAUCAACGAUAUUCAAGCCGAAGAUGACAUUGCCAGUGCAGCCGAGACGCUUCUUGAUCUUGGUUUCACCCGCGAGCAGCAAGUUUGGAACAAAAAGAUCGAGCUCAGUCUCGGAAAGCUGGCGCUGAUGGCCGAAUCACAAAAGCCUCCCGUAUCCGAUCUAUUUGGAUUCAAGCACGCCAAGGUUGAGACCGACACAUCCCCCGAGGAUAAAUUCGAGGCCAUUGACAGUCAGCUGUGUCUCAUCCGGAUUCAAGACGAGCUCUAUGCGCAGGUCUUCCCUUCUGUUCAAACGGCUGUGGACGCAAGCGCCGAGCUACAACUGGCUAUGGAGAAUCACUGUCUGCACCUCCCGAAGAAGCAGAAGGCACUUAUCCAGCUCUUCGAGAACAGCAUGAGACAGCUCCUUAGGCACGAAGCUCUCGAUGUCAUGUCUCUCAUCGACCUGCUCACGCUCAUCAGUCUUUCGCCCGAGACUGCUGCUGACAUCGCUGACCCAUUCUACCUCGCACUACUGGCAGCCUCGCACGCUCUUCAGGGUGAGGAGUUGAAGAUGGCCAAGCGCCUCAUCUGGAGACGUUGCUUCAUCCGCGAUGACUGGACCAAGAUCAACGAUACCCAGUUGAAGGACGACUCCGUCGUUGAGGAGAAGUUAGCCCGCACCACGCUGUUCAGUGCCUUCGUUUCGUGCUACCAGUACCGUAAGUUCUGCCAGACCCCGAGCAGCUAUAGUUGUUCAUCCACUCACUCCGCAGCAGAGACGCUUGAAGACCCCUUCCAGCCAACCCGGCCAUCUGACGCACUGGGCGCUUACGUUGAGGGCCUUGACAGCCGCUUCGCCUCCAUGGAGAAGUCCUACAGGGACAAGCUCCUGGAUGCGAUGAGAUGGGAGGACUCGGUCUUGAUCAAAUACAUCGACAAGGCGCGCCUCGAGGAGUGGACUCGCACAACGGCCGAAACGGCUGAGGCCACGGUCGCGCAGUCAGUGGACGAGGCGACGAGGGUGGCCACAGAGGAAGCGUCGGAUGAGCACACGAACGGAAAGACAAACGGCGUGAACUAG